AUUUUUUGAAAAAAAUGAUUUUUAAACUCUGCAUUUCACGAGUGCGGUGUCAUCCCUUGUUGCUCUGACAGUGCGGAUUUGCCUUGUUUUCUUUCUCUGUUACAAAGUCGCCAGUGGCUGUUACCAUCAGUCUCUCAGGGGCUCCUCUUUCUGGCGCCCUUUUGCUUGCAUUCUGGGCACUGGGGUACAUGGUCGAGACCCUGCUGAUUUCUGUGACUCUUCAGGAGCUGGAGCUCCUCUUAUGCACUACGUGUGCCAGGCCCCUGGGCCCUGUGUCCCUGCUCACUGUCCACUGAACCCAGGGAAAGGGUGGUGUGUACCUCUGCCGGGAUAGAGGGGACUGCGCUAGGCUCCUUGACCUUGUUGCCUUCCAGCGAGAGCAGCACUGGAAUCCGUGUUCACGGCAUCCUGACAUCUGGUUCCAGUUCUUGGGGCUGACAAGGCAGUAAUCGUCCCUGAGCAAGUCAGAGAUGUGCCGUCCAGUUUCAGUGUGGUCUGAACUAGUAUUUCAUUUUUCAUUCUUUACCAUACAAGUGUCCUCAGAUCUGCUCAUUUUCAGUACAAAUAGCCUAUAUUUGGGUGUAUGUACGUCUGUAUGAGCUGUCGUCAUCGCCCUCUGCUUCGGGGUCCCAGCCCUUCCCGUCACUGAGGGCACUGCCGUGGAGGUGUGUUUGCGUGUUGUCACUUCCCACACGGGUGUGACUCAGGUCCUCAGAAUGGAAUCCGGUUCCCUGCGUGUUGCCCCUGCAUCCUCCCACACACACGGGUGAGGAGGGAGCAUUGCUGCAAGAGAACAUGUGGAUGUUGCAGGACACAGUGGUCUUUGCGGAUGUGGCUGUGAACUUCACCCCGGAAGAGUGGGCUUUGCUGGAUCGUGGUCAGAGGCGGCUCUACAGGGAUGUGAUGCUGGAGACCUGCAGGAACCUGGCCUCCCUGGUUGAUACGAGUCAGGAUAAAAGGAGUGCAUCAAGGACUCAGCGAAAUGUUCAGAAUGAGCUCCCCAGUGAAGGCAAGACCGUCUUACUUGCAAGAAAUGAUUCGUGCUCUGUUUUUGGAGCAAACUGGAAAUUUCCUAACGGUGGAGAUCAAACCCAAACCCAGGAAAGGCGUUUGAGAAGUCGUUUGGUGAAGCGGGUCUGUGAAAGCAGCGAAGAUAAUCGAUGUGGAGAAACCAGAAGGCAGAUGACAAGUCUUACCGUGCGUGUGGAUCGUCCUUCUAGAGACAAGUCCUGUCACUGCGCCAAGUGUAGAGAAGCCUUCACAGAUGGUUCUUUCCCUGAGAAUCCACAAAGAUCCCACCCUGGACACAAACCUAGUCCUUGUGAGGAAUGUGGGCCAGCCUGCAGCUGUGUCUCGAGCCCCAGCCCUCACGUGGACACAGGCCUUGUAGAGAAACCUUAUGAACCUCAGGACACUGGGGGAGCUUCGAAGAGAGACUUGAAGAGUCGCGGUAGUAAAAAAUCUUUGGAGUGCAAGAAAUGUGGAAAAACUUUCACUUGCAUGUCAUCCUUACGGGGUCACGUGAAGGAUCACUGUGGACAGAGAGUCCAUGCGUGUGACGUGUGUGGGAAGGCCUUUAUGUAUCAGUCUUACCUUACACGUCACAUGAGAACUCACACUGGGGAGAGACCCUAUGAAUGUGUGAAGUGUGGAGAAGCCUUUGGGUCUGCUUCAAGUCUGCAAAGACAUGUGAGGACACACACUCUGGAAAAACCCUGUAAAUGUCAGCAAUGUGGGAAAGCCUUCCCUGGUCACUACUCCCUUGAAGCACACAUGAGAAGACACGAAGAGGACAGAACCUUAGAAUGUAAGGAGUGUGGGCAAAGUUUCAGGAAGCAUCUGCCUUUUGAACGUCACAUGACCACUCACAAUGUCAUGAAACCCUAUGAGUGUAAGGAAUGUGGCAGACUUUUCAGAUAUCACACAGCCCUUGGAGUCCAUAUGAGGACACAUACUGUGGAUAGACCCUACAAAUGUACGGAGUGUGGGAAAACUUUCCAGAAGUGUGAACAUUUUAAUCGUAACAUGGCCACCCACAAUACGGUGAAACCCUAUGAAUGUAACCAGUGUGGCAGAUCCUGCCGGGAUCACACAAACCUGCGCAUCCAUAUGAGGACGCACACUGGGGAAAGACCCUAUGAAUGUCAGCAGUGUGGGAAGACCUUCAGAUAUCUUGGAAAUCUGCGGGAACAUACGACAACACACACGGGGGAGAGACUGUAUGAAUGUCAGCAGUGUGGGAAGACCUUCAGGUAUAACUCAUGCCUGCGAGAACACAUGUGGAAGCACACUGGAGAGAGACCCUAUAAGUGUCAGCACUGUGGAAAAGCCUUCAUUCGUCACCACACCCUUGUACUACAUACUGUGAGAAGGCACACCGAGGGUGGACACUUGGAAUGUAAGGUGUGUGGUGAAACUUUCAGAAAGCAUCAACCUUUCGAACGUCACAUGGCCACACACGGUAUCCUGAAACCCUAUGAAUGUAAGGAGUGUGGAAGAGACUUCAGGUGGCACAGAGACCUACAGGUACAUACAAGGGUACACACUGGGGAAAGACCCUUCAUAUGUGAGCUGUGUGGAAAAGCCUUUAAGUCUCUCGCAAACCUUCGAGGACAUAAAAGGACACACACUGGUGAAAGGCCCUGCAAGUGUCAGCAGUGUGGGAAAACCUUCUCGACUCAUGGAAACCUGCAGGUACAUAUGAGGACACACACUGGGGAAAGACCCUGUAAAUGUGAGCAGUGUGGGAAGGCUUUCUUAAGUCCUGGAAACCUGCGAGCUCAUAUGAGGACACACAGUGGAGAAAGACCUUGUAAAUGUGAGCAGUGUGGGAAAGCCUUCACCACUCCUGGAAACCUACGAGCUCAUAUGAGGACACACAGUGGGGAAAGACCCUGUAAAUGCCAGCAGUGUGGGAAAGCCUUCACCCGUGCUGCGUCCUUGCGGGUACAUACGAGGACACACACUAGGGAGAAACUUUAUGAAUGUCACCACUGUGGCAAAGCCUUCAGGAGUCCAUCGCACCUGGAAGCACACACGCGGACACACACUGGGGAGAGACCUUUUAAGUGUACAGAGUGUGGGAAAGCUUUCAGUCAGCCUCAGUGUUUUCAAGAUCAUUUGAAAAUGCACAACACAAUUAAACCCUGCGAAUGCAAUGAAUGUGGGAAAACAUACAAGUUUCCCUCAUCCCUUCGAGGGCAUAUGAAGAAACACAGUGGGGAGAGAACUUCACCGGUCACUACUCCCUUCAGGAACACGUGAGGAAUCACAGUGGACGGUAACCUUUGUGAAUCUAAGGACUCUGGUAAGACCUUCUAGUAUCGCAUAGAACUGCAAGUAUAUGUGAUAACACUCAGUUGACGAGAAUUGUGUGAAUGUCCACACUGUGGGAAAGCCUUCAGGUGUCCCUCUAAUCUUCGGGGAUCCUUGUGAGAACACAGUGAUGUGAAACCCUAUGAAGUUAAGAACCAUGGAAAAGCCUUCUAGUAUUUCCUCAAUCUGGGAGCACAGACACUGUGCGAAAGCAUUUAAUCUCCCUAAAAUCAUUUUUUAAAUGAGAGCCAAUAUACUGGAGACAAACCCGAAUGGACACAAUUUGGGGAACACUUCCCGUAUAGAACUUCAUGUAUUUUGUUCAUGACAAUUGUGGCAGGACAGAAAUCAUUUCAUUGUUACAAACAUGGCUUUGUUUUUGCAAGUGCCUCUUCCAUGGUAGAGAUGCGAAGUGUCUUAAUUUCUAGUUCGUGUUGCUGAUAUGAACACUCAUGGUGCUCAGUGUCCUUUGUCCUCUACAUCUGUAGGACAUACACUUUGUUGUCUCAGACUUGAAGUAAUCACCUGGUUAUGUAAAACACAUUUCUUUUCCAAUACAAUGUCUUUUAGACUCAGGUUGAUAAGAACGUGUCUGUGGGAGGAGUGUGUGCGUACAACUUUACAUAAUUUUAGAAAAAAACUUGAAGUUCAUAUUCCAAAAAUUUCCUAAUCUGUGAUCAUCCCAUAAGACUUUUUGAUUGUUGAAAGUUCUUUUCUGUUGCUAAUACUAGAAUUUCCUGACUCUGAAUCACCUCUGUAUUUUCAGUCUUCAUUAUUGAAACACGUGUUUUCACAUAAGUUUUAUCCUUUUAUUGAGCAGAUGUUAAAUUUUUUAAGUUGUUUUUACCUCUUCUGAGAGUUAUUGUUGGUGUUUUUGGUUGAUUUUAUUCCAAUAUGACUUGGAAGAAUGUGCCUCUUGACCAUUGCUCAGGAUCGCUUGUUUUUUUUCCCCGCGGUCAGUGAUGGUGGUGGGAAUAUAUCCGAAGUGCUUUCUUCUUACCCUCAGGAGCCAAAGUCUGGCGUGCACAGUGCCAGUAAUAACAGCCAGAACUCCUGCCAAAAUACAGCAUAACGUACAUUUUAGGCAUAGGAGCCUCUUCAGUUUUAUUGACAUUGGAUGUAACAACAUUUCAUGGUUUCCAUAAUAUUCCACAGUCCUGAGGUACCCCAGUAGCAUACCAGUUGGACUAGUGUUUGUGGUUUUACCCUUGGCAAAAGGAGAGUGUAACUCACCCUGUUGGGUUGGACAUCAAAUGGGAUAGCAUUGCUGUCUCAGACCUUCAAAAGAAUUUGCAGGGUGCUUGGACGACUAGGUCAGUAGAUAGUGGAACUCUUAGUAUUGGCUUUGUGGGUUUGAGCCCCACAUUCUGUGUAGAGAUCAUGUAAAAUAAGUAAUCAUCAAAUAACAUCUUAAAAAGAGAAAGGAUUCCCAGAAGCACACCCAAGAUAAUGUUUACUACGUUCAUGCUUUUUAAAAUACCUACCAGUAGGGC